AUGGAGGAGGCUCCCGUGACCGCAGCCACGGGGGCUCUGGGGCCUGUCGUAGCGAAGCUGAGCGCUUUGGUUCGCCGCCGCGGUGAGUACCAGCUUCGGUGCCGGACUCGGAAGGACGUGAAGCUCAUCAGAUCCAAGCUCAAGUCCGUCCACUCAAUCCUUUGGGUGAUAUGGGAGAGGGAGGUUCUUGAUGCGGCAGGCAAGGAGCUGAAGAUGGAAGCGUGGCGUCUCGCCGACGACAUGAACGACGCGAUCGACGACUUCAUCCUCAGUUUGAUCAAGCGCAGCAACGACGGCAAGCGCUUCAUGCAGGCCAAGAUUCAGCCGAGCCCUUUCCAGGAUCUCAAGAGAAGGGCAGUUGAUGUGUGUGAGCGGUGCCGCAACAAAUGGAAGACGGAGACUUCCCACACCACCUUCUCCAGCUUUUUUUCAAGAACAAAAACCACCGUCGACUCUGGCCCUGGCAAGCGGCGGACUCGAGUCGUUGAUCCCUAUGUCCACAAGGACAUCUCAGAGCUCGUGCAGAUGGAAGGACCGAGAGAGCUCAUCGAUCACCUGGUAGGAGAAGAGGAGAACACACCGCAGCUCAAGAUGGCAUGCAUCGUUGGAGCUGCCGGGAUGGGUAAAACGACCCUUGCCCGCCUUGUGUAUGAAGCGAUUCAAGAUCAGUUCCAGGCUCGGGCUUUCGUGUCGGUCACUUCAAGUCGUAACAUGACGGAGCUUCUGGUCAGCAUUCUCCAACAAGUGACAGCUGAUAGUACUGAUGUACUACUUGCUGGCACCAAAGCAUCGACCAAGAAUAAACAUCUCAUCGGCAUCAUAUCGAAUUUCCUCAAGGAUAAAAGGUACCUGGUUAUAAUAGAUGACAUCUGGCAUUACGGAGAAUGGGAAACCAUCAAGAAGUCUCUUCCAGACAAUAAUCUGGGCAGUCGAAUUGUCACGACGAGUCGUGUUAAUGCUAUAACCGAUAGGUGGCGUGAUGAUUUUGAUACGUUGGUCCACAAAAUUGAUUAUCACUGUUAUCAUGAAGAAUUAGCCUUCACCAAAAAAAUGAUUAAUGCUCUGAGUGCUGACAUGGUUGGAAAAGGUUUUGACCGUGGCCACCGUAUUGUGGACAUUUCUGACAUUCAGUCCUCUCCGGUCGGUCGGCUAUGUAUUGACGAUUGGUCAGCAAGCAAUGAUGCAGUGGAUCCCUUGUCAGGAAUUGAUGAUUGGCAUCAUAUCCGGUCCCUUGUCGUUUUUAAACAUGCCGAGAGGGUACCCUACAAGCAUUUGGAAAAUCUGCGAGUGUUGGAUGUUCAAUGCAAUCAGGUUCUUGAGAAUCAACAUCUGAAGGAUAUGUGUGGGCUGCUCCGUCUGAGGCUGCUCCGCCUUUGUGGUGAUGGGAUUAGUAAAAUCCCAGCGGACAUAGGGAGGCUGAAGUACUUGGAGACUUUGCAAGUGACUAAAACAAAGAUCACAAGAUUACCUGCUGAGAUCGGUGACCUCAAGCAAUUGAAGACUCUGGAAGUGACUCGGAACCAAGAGCUCGCAGAGCUGCCUAGGGAGGUGGGGAAGUUGCAGCAUUUAGAGAGACUGCGCAUCCAUCGAACAAGGAUCACAGACAAGGCCUGGGAGAUCAUCGGGACACUGAAGAAACUGAAGACUCUGGACGUGACUUGGAAUGAGCUCUCAGGGAUACCUAGGGACAUUGGGGAACUGCGGCAGUUGAAGAAUCUGGACUUGAGUUUCAACCUAAGGAUCACAGAUCUGCCCAAGGAGAUUGGGAAACUGCAGAAUUUGGAGACGCUGAACCUGGGAAAAACAGGGAUCACAAAACUGCCCCGUGAGAUUGGCAAUCUCCAGCGGUUGCAGACUCUGUAUUUGAGUCAUACAGGGAUCACAGAGCUACCCCGUGAGAUCGGGAAUCUCCAGCAUUUGCAAGCUCUUUAUUUGAAUGAUAUUGAAAAAAUCACAAAGCUGCCUCGGGAUAUCGGGAGGCUGCAGCAUUUAGAGAGACUGCAUUUACAGGGAACGGGUGUAAAGAAGAUACCGAGGGAAAUCGGAGGACUGAAGAAACUGAAGGAUCUAGAUGCGAACAUCGGCACACUACCCUUUGAAGCUGGCCAGCUAUCAAAACUGGAGGGAUUGCCCAAGUGCGUCCACAAAGCAUGGAAGAAUAGUGACCUGGUGUCAUCGCUGUUCGGGGAGAUCCUGUCGUUUCAAAAAUCAAUUUAUUUGAUCGGUGAUGGUGGACUAGUCGUCGGCACCAAGCACAUGCACAUCCCGCGGUGGAUCAAAGAGCACUUCAACAAUAUUAGCACCUUGGAUAUCAGGAUCUGCAAACUAGAGGAGGAGCAGGAUCUCAAGAUUCUGCGGGAGAUGCCCUACCUUUGGGACCUCACGCUAAGGUUCGAAGCUGUCCCGAGAAAGACGAUAGUCAUUAGCAGUGGAGGAUUCUCAGAGCUCCAGAUCCUCACUGUUGACAGCCGAGUGCCAUGGAUUACCUUCCAGGAAGGAGCUAUGCCGAGGCUGGAGCACCUUACGUUCGAGUUCCAGUUCUACGGUGGCCCACCAAAUACAGACCCCCCUAUGGGUAUCAAGCACCUCGUGCGCCUGGAAGAAGUCAGCUUCCAAUGCAACAAAUGGUAUCGAGGAGACAGCCCGUGCAUCAGCACCACGAUCGACGUCGUGACAAAAGAACUGGGGUGGCCAGCUAGUGCGGAGAGUUCUGAAGGUAGCAGUGAGGCUAGCAGCAGUGGGACUGCGGAGAGUUCUGAAGGUAGCAGUGAGGCUAGCAGCAGUGGGGCGAAUGAGAUCGAGAAGAUAGUGGUUUUGCGGAGGCCAGCUAGUGCGGAGAGUUCUGAAGGUAGCAAUGAGGCUAGCAGCAGUGGGGCUGCGGAGAGUUCUGAAGGUAGCAAUGAGGCUAGCAGCAGUGGGGCUGCGGAGAGUUCUGAAUGUAGCAAUGAGGCUAGCAGCAGUGGGGCUGCAGAGAGUUCUGAAGGUAGCAAUGAGGCUAGCAGCAGUGGGGCGAAUGAGAUCGAGGAGAUUCAAGCUUAA